AAACUUUUUUCCCUCCUUCAUUUUCCACUGAAGUGCGUGAAUUUCAUACCAAACCCAUACUUCACAUUCCACCUUUACUGUCAAACCGGGAGAAAUAUAACUGAAAACAACACAUAAAUAUAACUUUAAAGCAAUAAAGCUCGUGCUCUUCUGUCGGCUGCGCUGUUUACCGAUAAAGGGAAUUGUGAGGAGACGGAAAGAAGCGAAGUGUUUGGAGAGAUCGUUUACUCCGUUUUCUACGUUUACAGCGUGGGGGCUCGUGGCAGGCCCCGGUCCGAGCCGGCAUCAUUGCGUCCAACAAGUGGAGUGCAAACGGCAGCCCGGAGGAGGGGCUAGAGGAUGGAGGAGAUGAACUGGACAAGGCCAUGGACGGAGACGCGGAGGGCGUGUGGAGCCCCGACAUAGAGCAGAGCUUCCAGGAGGCUCUUGCCAUCUACCCGCCCUGCGGCAGACGUAAGAUCAUCCUCUCGGACGAGGGAAAGAUGUAUGGUCGCAAUGAGCUUAUCGCCAGAUACAUCAAGCUGAGGACGGGCAAAACCCGCACAAGAAAACAGGUUUCUAGCCACUUGCAGGUUCUUGCCAGGAGAAAAUCCCGCGAGGUACAGACAACGCUGAAGGCCAUGAACUUGGAUCAGGCAUCUAAAGACAAAGCUCUCCAGAACAUGGCGGCUCUCUCCUCGGCUCAGAUCGUGUCUCCCAGUUUAAUCAAGAAUCCCCUUCCGCCUCUGCCGCAGUCCCCGUAUCCCCCCACCCCACGGGUACCGUAUCAUCAUCUACAUGUCAAUACAAACGUAAACAUCAUGGACAGAAUCAGAGAUUUCUGGCCAAGCCCCAUCCCAGGACAACCAGGACCCUCUCAGGAGCUGGUUCUUAAGCACAACCCAGGGAGAAGUCCUGGGCUUGGCCGCACCAGCUUCCCCAUCAAGCCAUUUGCACCAGGCGCAUACCCAAACCUAUCAGGACCUGUUCAGCCAGCCAUCGCACCGUAUGAACCCCUGGCACCUCCUCCGGCCCCGGUGGCCACCGCAGUGCCUGUGUGGCAGGAUCGCACCAUUGCCUCCUCUAAACUCCGGAUGCUGGAGUAUUCUGCAUUCAUGGAGGUUCCACAGGACCAGGAUUCAUACAGCAAACAUCUGUUCGUCCACAUUGGCCAGACUAACCCCUCCUACAGCGACCCUCUGCUGGAGGCUGUGGACAUCCGACAGAUCUAUGACAAGUUUCCCGAGAAGAAAGGAGGACUCAAGGACUUGUAUGAGAAAGGCCCUCAAAACGCUUUCUUCCUGGUUAAGUUCUGGGCGGAUCUGAACAAUGGCGGUGUUCAGGAUGGGCCGGGCUCUUUCUACGGGGUCAGCAGUCAGUACAGCAGCACUGAGAACAUGACCAUCACCGUCUCUACCAAAGUCUGCUCAUUCGGCAAGCAGGUGGUGGAGAAAGUGGAGACGGAGUAUGCCCGUGUCGAGGGAGGAAAGUGUUUGUAUCGAAUCCAUCGCUCUCCCAUGUGUGAAUAUAUGAUCAACUUCAUCCACAAACUCAAACACCUGCCCGAGAAAUACAUGAUGAACAGCGUAUUAGAAAACUUCACCAUCCUACAGGUGGUGACUAACAGGGAAACCCAGGAGACUCUGUUAUGUAUAGCGUUUGUAUUUGAAGUGUCAACAAGUGAACACGGGGCACAAUAUCACGUCUACAGGCUCAUUAAGGACUAGUUCAUCCACCGUCACCUCCGUCACAAACUUCUGUCGCUUUGCACGAUCCCUCCAACACACAUGGAGGAAUAUGCCAAAUUGUCCAAACAUCAGAGGAAUACGCCAAAAAUGUUACCAAAAAGCCAAAUGUUUUGCUUUUGUUUUAAUGCUGAUGCGGGAUUUGAUUGAGCCUUUGAGAACUUAAAAAUAUAGUAUUACUCUGUUUUAAGAAAGUUUGUGUAUGUCUUUAAAUUCCUUAAAUAGAAAAGGGUCACGUUGGUUGUGUUACAUAUAGAAACCGUGAUGUCUUUAAAGCUUUGUUUUGUCUCCAUUGAGGGAAUGUGAAUGUGUUGAUGGAACAGAAUGUCUUUAAUGGUUGAAGAUGGCGUGUGUGUGUGUGUGCGUGCGUGCGUGCGUGCGUGUGGUGUACAGGCAGCGUUUUACAGUGAAGUGCCAUGGGUGUAUUUCACCACAAUAUUAAAAAACUAAGAAAAUAUAUUUCUUUCAAAGAGUUUUUAGUGUCACAACAUUAAAUUUAAGUGACCUCUCAGUACUUUAAUACAGUUACACAAAUCAUCUGUUCAGUCCCAAUAAUUGAUUAAAAUGAAAAUCACUACUAUUGUUAUAUUAAUAAUGUAUGCUGUAAAUACUUUCAUAUAUAUAUAUAUAUUAUUAUAUUUGUGUAUUUUGCUAUAAAGAGAAUUUGGUGGGCCAAUGUGACUAAAAUAGGAUUUUUUAUUCUUUUUAAUUUUGUGGUGAAAUGUGAUGGGUACACAUUAUUCACCUCACGUGUCAAUGAGGAUGAGGUUUCCCAGCGGAGGGUUUAUAAUCAUUUUACUAAAGGAUAACAUACUGUAGUUACAUUUUCAGUUUAGGAAAUCAAAACUUUUGAUUGGCUGUAAACUCGGCAGAUGUCUUUCCGUCAGCAACCGUCUGCAGGUACUAAAGGAUUUCACAUUUUGAAAUAGUGAGUGCCUUUUUUAAUAAACAUUAAGUUGAUUGAUUGAUACUCUGAAGUGCCUUUUGACUACCUCUUGAUUUCAAAUAGUACGAAUAGGCAAAGCGAUUACUCUCUUUACAUCACAUCAGUGCAAAGUAUUUCAAUCGGCUGUUCGACACCGUUUUCACAACGUUUGGAUUGACUUCUUUUUUUGUGUAAAUUUGCACAAGUUUUGCACAGUUAUAAGCAAAUUUUACUCAUUUUUUUGUGUCAAGUUUUAGUAUUUUAAAUUUACUUAAAAAAACAGUGUGCAAAACGUGCAACUGUCCACAAAAAAUGGAGACACGACUCUGGAUGUUCAUUUGUUCAGUUAAAUUGUUCAUCUUGAACACAGAAAUGACUUUAUAGCCAUCUAACCCGUCGAUUUAUGAGAUUUUUAUGUGUAAUGAUGGAACAAAACCUCUACAGAGUUUUUUCUAGGAUGUUUGUUUUGUUUCUGGUGCUCUAAAACCCUUCAGAGAAUGUUAGCAUUUCCAAGUGUGUUUCACUGUCUACCUUCUUUUCAGUUUCAAGUUCUUUUCAGUUUGUUUGUCAAUUGCUGUUGUUGUGAGUUAAAGCGUCAGUUAUCGUCACGUUGGUGUAUAGUUUUUUUGGGGGGGGGGUAUGUCACCCUGCACAUCAUCCCUCAAAACCCCUUGAGUUACAGUUAUGAUCGGUACAUCUCUAAUUCUCUUCUUUUUCUCCCUUCAGAUGUAAAUUUGGGAUCAAAGUUGUUGUUUCUGGUUGUAGUUUUUACUCUGUUGAAUGCUCCAGGUGUCCGGCGUGGAUGUGCUGCAUCUUUGCUUUAUCGUUAAAUGCCAUUUGAACAUGCUGACCUGACAUAUAUAUGAAAUAACAGCAUCUUUUGCUACUACUGAAAUGUCUACCCCCUCGAGAAUGAAAAGACAUGAUAUUUAUGAAUGAUUAAAUCAAGGUCAGCGUUGAUGAAGCCAUGUUAAAAGUUCAGAAGGCAGCACUGUCUGUGCUCGUUGACGUCAGUUUAUGGUUGAAAGUCCUGAAGGUACUGAGAAUUCUUGAGUACACCAUACAAGCAGAAAUGUAAUGUAUAUUGGUUCAGCCUUAACCUAAAUGUUCGACGACAGUUUCCUCAAUUGUAAUUUUGCCUCUUUGUUUUUUCUUUUUUAUAAUUAUUGUUGUUAUAAUUAUUAAUUUGACGUUUGCUCUUUGACUUUCGAUUGAUGCUGUUUGCAUACAUUGAAAAUAUGUUGCGUGUUACUUCUGUUAUUUUAUGCCAUUAUCUAUUUGGUGUUGGCAGAAACUUUCUCCCAUUUUUUUUAACAGUUCAUUGUUGCCUUUGGUUACAAAUUUUGCAUUGCAUUUAUGUAUUGAAUAUCUUCAAUGUUAGGGGUUUGUACAAUAUAAUCCAAACAAUGUAUAGCAAUACCAAUAAAAGUGGCAUGGGUCUCCCUGGACCAGAUUUCUUAAAACACA